GUGAUAAACAUUAGAUAAAUAUGCAUUCAAGCAAAAUAUCCCAAACGGCGCCGCAAAAACUCAGCUUGUUACAAACCGUUGCUCGCACCUCGUGUUGGUAACAAGAUCACGUGACAGCAACGUUACGUCAUAUCCUGGCUUGUGUAAGAUGGCGCUGAAAUUUUAACAAAGGUUCGCGUCAAGUAGUUAGAAGAUUAGAGGCCGAUUUCUGCGAGGCCAAACGUUAGUGUUAUUAAAAUAAAACGGCAGUAGGAAAUGAAAAGGUUUGUGGCAUGAUCUUCGAUUGCGAGAGGGUAAACAAAGCAACCAAAGUUACGACGAUCGAAUAUGAAUCAACUGACGAUCUGUGCGCUCAUUCUAAGCAGAAACUGUUAACCUUAUCUCCUUUGGACCUAUUUACUGAUCGCAAACGCUCUGCUAGAAAAGGAAUUAAAAGAAAACUUGGGGUUACAUUGCGCGAUUCAGGGACCAUAGUUACUUCAGGGGAGAAUUUGGUUGGACUUCACUUGUUCCCAACCCACCAACCUAGCAUGCAUAUAGAUGAUCCAACAUUCUAUCUACAGCCAACUGCUGCAGCAGGAGCCACCUUCACUGGUUUAGUCCCACACAGCCACAUGAACCCCCACCACCCCAACACCACCCAACCCAGCCACACAAGGCUACACCAUGGCUUCCAACUUCCCACACCACGUAAGAGCAACCGACACCACCAACCACAACAACAACAACAGAAGGCAACAACCUCCGGCCAGCAAAGUUCCUCCUGUGGCAGCGAGGGAGAUUACAAACUUGUUCAUCACGAGGUCCUGCGUUCAAUAUCCAGUGAAUAUGAAGUUUUAGAGUUUCUUGGCCGUGGAACUUUUGGGCAAGUUGUUAAGUGUUGGAAACAUGGAACGAAUGAAAUUGUUGCGAUUAAAAUCUUGAAGAAUCAUCCUUCUUAUGCGAGGCAGGGACAGAUUGAGGUUGGGAUACUGAACCGACUAUCCACUGAAAAUGCCGACGAGUACAACUUCGUCCGUGCUUACGAGUGUUUCCAGCAUAAGAACCACACGUGUCUCGUGUUUGAGAUGUUGGAACAAAAUCUUUACGACUUCCUUAAACAAAACAAGUUCUGCCCGUUGAAACUCAAGUAUAUUCGUCCCAUCAUGCAGCAGGUUCUAACUGCUUUGUUAAAGUUGAAACAACUUGGUUUAAUACAUGCUGACUUGAAGCCCGAGAAUAUAAUGUUGGUUGACCCGACACGACAACCAUACAGAGUUAAAGUGAUCGACUUUGGUUCGGCAAGCCACGUGUCUAAGACAGUCCCUUCAACUUAUUUACAAUCAAGAUAUUACAGGGCGCCAGAGAUAAUCCUUGGUCUCCCUUUCUCGGAGAAGAUCGACAUGUGGUCACUAGGGUGCGUGGUUGCCGAGUUAUUCUUGGGGUGGCCGUUGUAUCCUGGGGCGUCGGAAUAUGACCAGAUCCGGUACAUCUCGCAAACCCAAGGUCUCCCAUCACUACAACAGUGCAACGAUGGAACCAAAACACCCAAGUUCUUCAUAAGGCAUAACGGCGCGUAUCCUCUAUGGAGACUUAAAACACCUUCAGAACAUGAACAGGAGAGUGGAAUUAAAUCCAAAGAAGCGAGAAAAUACAUCUUCAAUUGUCUGGAUGAUAUGACGCAGGUCAAUGUCCCACAAUACGAUAGCGCGGACAUGAUGGCGGAAAAAGCCGAUCGACGGGAAUUCCUGGAUUUGUUAAAACGAAUGUUGGUACUGAACGCGGAAUGCCGAAUCACUCCGGGAGAAGCUCUCAAUCAUCCUUUUGUAACGAUGAGUCAUCUUAUUGAUUAUUCACAUUCAACGUUAGUUAAAUCUGCUGUGCAAAAGAUGGAAGUUUGCCGACGAAACCACAACGUUUAUGACAUCAUUGGAAGGCAGAAUCAAGCCGUGGCAGUGGCACAAGCCGCGGCACCUGCCGCACCUUUCAUACCAGGGUUUGGUGCCACGUGUCCUAGUGUUGGCGGCUCCACUACAAUUGGUGCGGGGUUGCAGGUUCCACUAGCUAACCAGCCUUCCCGAUCGAACGGACAUACGUACGCACGACCGGGAGCGUUCCAGCAACCAUUGUUCCUGUGUCCAGCUUAUGGGUUGCAAUCAAGUCCUACCAGGUCCCACCACCAAGUUCCCCCAUUCAACGGGACGGGCAACCCACUCGUCCCAACCACGCAGAAUGUUGCGCAAUCUGUUGCAGCUCAACUGACACUGCAGACACCGUUGCUAGCCCAGAGCAACGCCCUCCAUACAAGACCAGUAUUAGUUCCAGCAUGGCAACAACUACCCGGGUUUGCGGCAGCGGCAGCAGGGAUCCAACAACAACUAGCAAGCGACGCGCAAGCUGAUAUACUAAUGAGACAACAAGGGUUCACAGCAGAUGGAGCGUUCAGUCAUUAUACCGGUCAACCUGGUAAUAAACGAAGGGGUAUGCUUGGGUCACCCUACGUGCCCCCCAUCCUUAUCACUGACACCCCGGUUAGCGUGAUCACCAUCAGCAGCGAUUCAGAAGACGAUGAACAACAACCGAUGGCCAUCUGCCCUUCAUUGCAACGAAACAACGUGUUAAGUUGCGUAACGGUAAGGGACAGCCCCAUGGACCCUGAACGCCCCAUGUACCCCGAUAGCCCCCGUAGCAGACGGAAGAUGGGACCCACUGCUGCCCCCUACUUUGAUAUGACUCCAGGCCAAGUGAUGGAGAUAGUAGGGGAGACCCCCCACUACCCCGCCCAACAUAGAAGUAACCGCGAUGAUAAACUGUACAAUCCUGUCGCUACGACGAUGAAAUAUACCAGCCAAUCAGUGGCUGAGGGACAACGUGCAGUGAAGCGCGACUUGGAUGCAGAAGUAUCCGGUGCUCGACCGCAAGGGUUUCCACAAUCGCACAAAUACCCACAAAAACAAGAUCGUCCACGCACAUUAAAUGUGGUGAACGUACCUGCUUCCAUGGCUACAGUUGCCCCCGCCAUCGGAGGGGGCUAUGGGGCUGCGAUACAACUACAACCCCUAAACUUAAGCCAGAAUGGCAACACUAGUGACCUCCCAUCAAGAUACAGACUGGGCAUCUCAUCAACAUCGGGCAACACCUCGUAUAUAUCUCCCACUCAACCAACGUCCUAUCCAACUUACAUGCAACCAUCGCCCUCCAUUAAACCAGGAAACCCUGCGGCUCAUCUGCUUGGACCGGUACGACCACAAUUCACAUCCAGUGGGUUCCUUACCCAGGGGAACCACCCCCAACUCGCUAUUAACCCCCACACCCUCAUCCAUUCACCCGCCAUGACCCACGCCCAUGUGCAGCCCCACCUUGGGGCAGGGGGAACCACCCAUCACCCCACAACAGCUGCAGCAGCGGCAGCACAAGCCAUUUUCCAACAGUACGCUAGGCAAGCUUACAGCACCACAGGCUCACCAAGCGGUGUUUAUGCAGCAGCUUACCCAGUUAGCCCCAACAAGCCGUACACCUACCCCUACUAUUAUCAGACUUAGCUGAUGUGAUCAUGUCGUUGCUGCCUUUAUUGUACUAGCACUCGUAUUGGUUAAUUGUAGUUUUCACCAUUUUAUCGUCAGCCUUUUAUCUCUUUGUUUUUAGCCUUUGUAUUAUCAUAAGUAACAUGACAAACACGCAUUGUCCCCACAAUGUACCAUGUAUCGGUGACGUGAUGUGUUUGUUUUCGAUUGUUGAAUUUGGAUCGGGUGUUAAUGCGCGUCCUAACCUGCUUAAACAAUCGGAACAAUUAUAUCACGACGCUGGCACAGCACAAACAUAUAUAUUUUAUAAAUAAUUUUCGUGGCCACUUGGUGUCAUCUUCUUCACUGGUCCCCCAAGUAUUAACCCAAACUUCAUUGUUUUUGUUUGUGAUGUCAUUGGAUCCAUUAUGAUGUCAUAGCAACCAUUGUCAUCGCCCCUGUUUCUAAACUUCCUAAAUUGGUUUGGCAACGAAUUAUUUUAUUCGGGAAAAAUCUCAUUUGAAUAUGAGAGUUCACUGUAGGAUUUUAAUAAGCUUUGAUAAUUAAUUCGCUGUGAUUUUAAGUCUUGUAUCGUGUAGUUUCAGACAGAUAAUGUUUUCUGUUUUUACCCUUUUUGCUUGUUGAUUUGUAAAUGGUAUGGUUUAUCCAUAGGCUGGUGUUUUCGUGUUAUAUAUCCGGCUCUCACCUUUUUAAUCUUGCACAAUUCGUAUCAAAAUACCCAGCACCAUAAUCCAUGUAGCACGUAGCUUUGUACAUAGAGUUCUUUAUAUCCUGGUGCUGUGUUUUAACCCAGUUAUUUUGCCAAUAUUCCCCGCACAUAUAAUACUCAUACGCUCCAACCUUCGCGAGGUGGAAUCUCUUUCUUUACUCUUUGAACACUUUCUUGUAGAAUGUAGAUGAUUUUCUUACGCUUAGUCACUAAGACGCAAAUGUUCUUUGUUUACCCGCGGGCGUUCUAACCACUGCCCAACGCCUAAGCGGAGAAAUUCUCGCUGACUUUAAAACCUUAAUUGGAACAAGCGUUGUGCCAAAAUUCAAAUUUCGAAUUUUUUUUCAAAAUUUGGUAAUGUGCACCAUCAAAAUAUCGUAACCUCCCAUGCCCCCUAGUGGCUCGCUCCCAUAACAUAUGAUAUACAUCCUUGUAGUUUGCUGUGAAUGGCCAGUGAGUAAGGCCUGCUGUAUUAACUGUAAAUGUGUGCAAUAGACUUGUAUAAAAUGUGGUAGAUUAGUGGCCAUGCAUGUAACUUUGCUUUAUAUGUUGAUUGUAGCUUCUAACCCAGCAAGCCCCAACCUCACCAAGUACUCACCCCUAUUCUAUUUGUCUAAAAUAAAUUCAGCUCAUCU